UGCUUAUUUUUUCCACUGAGAUCAAGAAAGAGUGAAACAUUUAUCAACAAUGGAAAACCUGCCCUUAUCCUUGAGGAAAUGGAUCAAGGAAUGCCUAAGAAACGAAUUUGACAUAAUGAUCGAGAAUGGACUUGAUAGAAACAAAACAUCUUACGACAUUGUUCAAAGUAUAAUUCAAUCUAAAGAAAUGGCAGAGUUGGUCGUCAGUUUGAAGUCAAUGUUCAAAAGACACCAUCCAUCUUCUAGAGCUAAUUCUGUUGCUAUGUUGGAGUCUUGCCCACAAACAUCAAUAUCAAUCACAAGUGAAUUAUCUGGUGACGAAUGGGGACCUAUUCAAGCUGUUACCACCGACCAUUUCACCAAUAUUAUAAAUAAAAUUGGUCAGGAUAAACCGAUCCAUGUUAGAUUAGCUGGAUAUGAAGCUUUGUCAAGGAGUGAAAUAACAAACAUCAGUAGCAGUCAAUCAUGGGAUGUACUGUUAAAGGCUCUGAGAGAUGGAAUCAUUGAUGAAAGCCAGCCUGUGUUUGAAGCAAGCUUGCAAGCUCAUAGUCAAAUACUUGGCAGAUCUCAGGCAGAGCAAGAAGUUUUUACACAUUUAAUGAAAGUAUUCAAUACACUUUAUAAUUCUAAACGAAUGUAUCAUAUGUUACCAACAUUCACAUCUGGUAUCAAUUUCAAGAUAUUUCUGCAUGAGAAAUUAUUUCGUAUAGUUUACCUAAUCAUCAAACAUCAAGAGGAGACAUUGAAAAGCAACAGAUAUUCAGAUAAACUCUUGGAAGAAGUAAUGGAACAAUUUGUGACGUUCCUAAGCUUAGAUAAAUCUAGCAAUGUUAACCAUACACAAACUUUAACAACUCUCGAUAUUGUAUCCGUUUUGGACCCCCAAGCAGAAUGGUCUGGGAAAUGGAUCCAUAGUUUAACUACACGAAAAAUACUAACAGCUGCUUUAGAAAAAUCACCUAUAUUUUUACAAAAUAUCGUGCACCUUGUGAGGGCAGGUUUAGCAGAAACACCAGCAAUCAUAUCAGCAUACAUUCAAGAUGAUCUACCCGAAGUCAAUAUCUCUGGAGACACCAUUAAAACUGCAACCUACCUACACUGUCUAUCCUUAUUAAGUCUACUGUGCAGCAAAAUUGCUGGCCGGGAAGUAUUGCAAAAUAUUCACUUGGAUGAGCCAUUUAACAUUCCUGACUUUAUGUUAUCUUUAUUGAAUUCCUUGAAUAGUUUAGCUGUAUCCGAAGUUCCAGCUAGCAUCUAUGAUACUUCUCGGUCUGCACUGCAGAAAUUAUUGGAACCUCCAUCAGUAAUGUAUGAUGCGAGAUUUCAUGAACUAGCUCUAGAUCCAUUGUUGAGGGCCGCUCCAGAAGCUGAAUGUAAAAUAUAUCCACAUAUGAUUGAUGUGAUGACAAGAGUCUUAGAUACUGAAGAAGGUACACGAUUUAUUAUAUCAAAGCUGACCGAAUUUCCAGUUCACUACAAGGAAAGGAUCACAGGCAUUUAUCCAGGGUGUGCCAUACUAGAAUACACAUCAGAUUUGUUGCUGCAACCACUUUCUAUCAUGGAUAUAGAACAUGUUAUGGAGAUGUUCAAAUUUAUAGAACGUCUAUUUGAGUUCUAUGAUUUUUGUCUCAGUAUCAAACAGACUUUAACAGAACGGUUUUUUCCAGCUAUUGCAUACCUUUACAGCAAAAUUGAUAAAUAUUCCAUGGACAAUGAGAUAAAAACACAAAUGUUGGAUAGCUCAAUUAAGACCGCAUUGUUGAAAAUUGUCUCAAUCCCCCUUGCCUUACAGCUUUUAAGCAAUGAGGAAUUAGUUUUUGAAGAACUGCUACGUGGUUCUAUAGAACCUUUGAAAUGGUCUUGGAGUUGUAAUGACGUUGUAGCUUUUGUGUCUAUUGCUACUUUGGUACCAUUAGGUUCUGAAAUUUUGGGGGAUCUAGCCCCUCAGUUUUUGUCAAAGGUAUUAACGAAUAUUUGUAAGAAGACAGAAGACCCUAACUGUUUUUACGAUCCAUGGGGAGAUAGUGCCACUAAAGAGUUUUUACAUAUACUCAGACUCUUGUGUUUAAAUAAUUCUUGCUUUGUUGCCAUUCUGGAUAACAAGAAUGAAGAACAUUCUUCGAGUGAAGAUAAUUAUCCACGUAAUUUGUGUGAACUACUACAUCACUCACUAAAACAAGAUUCCCAAUAUCAUUGUCUGGCAUUGUUGGCACUGAAUGUUCUCAUUCAAAAUUUGGAUGCCAAUCUUUAUUUAAAUACUCAAUUAAACUUCCAGGAAAUGUUACUGGAUAUUCAAGAACAAUGUAUUACUGAAGAGGAGAAUGAUGGUGUGCUAAAAAUAGCAUACAGAAUCGAUGAGAGUAGUUUACUUCGACAUAAGGUGCUCAUGAAUUCCUAUUAUAUUUUGGGUAAUUCGCUUGAUGAUUCAGAUGUACCAGAGCAAACAAUUUUGUUCUCCAAAUUCCCACCGCCAGCAAGAUCCGAUACUACCAAACUCUGUCCUGAGACGCCUUUGCAAUCAGAAUUAGAAAAAUUUUUACAUGACACUAAACCUGGACUUAGAGAUCAUGGAUGGGUCUCGCAAAUCAGAAAAGUUUAUAAAAAUUCUAGUCAAAAUCCAAUAGAGCAUUCUGUACUCAUUGACUUACUUGGCCAAAUGCAAAAGGCUGUUCCAACAUUCGAAUUAACAUGUCAUUAUAAAUGGCCAAGCAAUGAUGAAACUGAUCCUGGAUGCAUGUCACUUGAAGACGAUCAUGGAAUUGAAGUAGCGUUACUAUAUGCCGAACAAAAUAGAUUAAUGCAAGUUACUUCAACUGCUAGAGCCAAUUUGAAAAUAUUUCUCAAAGAAGCUCAUAUAUUUAUAAAGUAUGGACAAAAUAGAAAGUUUGAAGGGUUCGAUUGGUUUAUUGCAACAGUAUUUAUCAUCUGCAAUGGAGAUAUAGAUAGGUGUAGAAAAUUUGUUACUAAGAUAGUUCAAUUUCCGUCUAUUAUGUACGUCUGGUCAUCAUUGGGAAAAAGCCUCAGCUGGAAUAAUAAUUUGCCUGUGAAUAUUCGAAUCACGUUCUCCCAUCUGUUGGAAGGCAUUAUCAGUAAUGAAUUUCCCAGCAUCAAAUACGCAUUGAAGAAUAACUGUGGGACAGACUGGUGGAUCAUUUGUGAUGGAUUAAUAUCACACUGUUUUUGGGGAUCGCUACAGUGGUGUGAAAUUGUACAUCUAUUAGCCAUUUGUAUUUUAUACCCACCUGACUAUACUCUGUAUUAUUGUACAUCGUUAUUAGACUACUGCCGAAGUAAAGUUAUAGAAGAUAUUACUGUAGGCAAGAUGUGGCCGGAGCACAUGAAUUUAACCGAGUAUCACUGUGGAAACUAUUUCCAGUUGCUGGAUCUUUUAUCGAAACGAUACCGUACCACAACUUUAUCGAUGCUCAUGAUUCAGGACACAGAACGGGUAACGAUAUGACUUUUAAAUAUCAAUACGAGCGGAAGAAAUGAACUUUUUUUGUGGAAUUCGCGUUGUCGUCUCAGUAUCAGAUUUUCAACAGGCUAUGGAACAAGCAACACUGUUUGAUCACGGUUACGCAGAAUUGUAUUUUUUAUUUUCUAACAAUGUGCAGAUAUAUUCAAUUCAACAUUUAUAAUAAAUGCACAUAAACUUUG